AUAUUUUUAAUAAAAUAUAUAUACACUUCACAGCAGUUCCGUUCUGUUCUAUUUACUUUCACAUCCGUAGUGGAAAAAUUGUACAAUGCUGUUGGCAAUGCCGUUUCCUUUCAACCUCUAUUCUGUUUUGCUUAUUUUCGUAGCGGUACUUCUCGUUUGACAGCUGACAACAGUGCACUUCUGGAAAGUUUUUGUCGUCUGGCAAAUAGUUCAAAAUGUUUUCUCUAACACGUACCGUCUCAAAUGCCGCAAAGACAGCUGUGCGCUGCAAGCAUGAUUUGCCCAAGUUGCCCUACGAUUAUGCAGCUUUGGAGCCCAUCAUUUGCCGUGAAAUUAUGGAAUUGCACCAUCAAAAACAUCACCAAACUUAUGUAAACAAUUUGAACGCCGCUGAAGUGCAACUUGCCGAGGCACAGCAGAAGAAAGAUGUGACCAAGAUUAUUUCGCUUGCACCUGCAUUGCGUUUCAAUGGUGGCGGUCAUAUUAAUCACUCGAUUUUCUGGCAUAACUUAUCGCCGGAAAAAUCGCAGCCUUCCAACGAUUUGAAGUGUGCUAUUGAAGCGCAAUUCGGCAGUUUGGAGUCGAUGAAAAAGGAGUUGACUACAUUAACUGUUGCCGUACAAGGUUCUGGCUGGGGUUGGUUAGGUUACAACAAGAAAACUAAUCAACUGCAACUGGCUGCUUUGCCCAACCAAGACCCAUUGGAAGGUAGCACAGGUCUUGUGCCACUCUUCGGUAUUGAUGUUUGGGAGCAUGCCUACUAUUUACAAUACAAAAAUGUGCGCCCUUCAUAUGUUGAGGCUAUUUGGGAUAUUGCCAACUGGAAGGACAUUUCCGAUCGUUUUGCUGCUGCUGCUAAGAAGUAAAGAGGAACCAAAAAUAUUAAGUAGCUCAAGCGUUUAUAUGUACCCUGUCAAUGGUUUUGUUGUUUAAGCUUUAAAUGUUUUGUGGCAUAUAACUUAUAAAACAAGUGUCACAAAACAAUUGUGAAGAAACUUGAAUAUUUCCGUACAUAUUCACUGUCAAACGCGUUUUUUUUUUGUAGUUUCUGAACAACUACUCAUUUAGAAAAUAUGAAUAAAUAAAUAUGCGAAUACAUUCAAAUAUACUUAAUUGAGUGUUCAUUAGGGAGAUCUAAAUUUCUACUAAAUAUUUAGAAAUAUACGUAUUAUAUAAAUAUAUAUAAUUUGUAAAUAUAUAGUAACGGGAUCUCUACUCUAUAAUUUUUCAAAAAUGCGCCAAGAAGUUUUUAAUAAACUUAACUAGUUACUAGGUAUUAUGUCAACUAUCUAUGAAACAAAAUGUAAGUUAAUAUUUUUAGUAUUGUAAAACACAUGAACAUUAAAACUACUAUACCUUUCAGUUUAGAUUAAAGUUAUACUUUUUUAAAUUUUUAUUUUAUUAAAAAUAAUUAUAAAUUUCUUUAAUGGCUUUCUGGCAACACAGUUUUAAUUUUCAUUCUCCAGUUUGUGUUCUUUUUGACAUUCUCUCCAUUUCGCUCAUUCGCAUCUGUCACCCCAAAUCGUUUAUGAUGAAUCACAAGAACUAAAACAAAACUACAAAAUUAUCGGCAGAAUUUUCCAAUCAGCUGGUUGUGCAAGGGAAAAACAAAAUAUAACAAGAUUUUUAGAAGAGGGGCGCAUUUGUGUAAUUGGAAAAUUUGAGGAGGUACAAACGAAGCUGGUACUUGCGCGCUAGUGGUAGCGAUAAGUUGUGUUGCGUUUCGCAGGCGCAUGCAAUAAAACAACAAAAA